UAAAAAUAGCGUCGGAUGGUGCGAUACCCACACACGCACCCUGAGUAACCAAGAAGCGAACAUCCACCUCCUCUUCCCCCCGCGCCCUGGCGCUCCUUACAUAAACAGAGUCCACUCCUCUUCUUCCCUUAGAAGAAAUCAUCCCCUCUCCAAGUCUUCCCCCUGCUAGUCCUUCUCUUCCUCGCCUUCUUCUUGAUGGACGUCUUCGAUUAUUAGUUUCUUUCUACGAAUCUUUUUAUUUAUUUUUGUUUUUCUAUAUAUUGCCGAUCAAUUCGUCGACAGCACUUGGAAGGAAUUCGGAAAGGGAAAGAAUCUAUUUUAGGUAGCCUUUAAAGGUCAUACUUCAUUCAACUAGGAACAUGGCUGGAAAAGCUGCUGCAUCUCAAGCUACUGAAUCAUUUGAAUUCAUGUUGUUUGAGGGAGAUCCAGAUCAUCUCAGAGCAGUGGUAUCUACGCCAAACCAAAUUAGCCCAUGGAUUGAUCCCAGUGCACUGAAAUUGACACACCGCAUAGGGCGAGGCCCAUUUGGUGAUGUGUGGGUAGCAACUCAUCAUCAUUGUACCAAAGAUUAUGAUCGCUUUCAUGAGGUUGCUGUCAAGAUGCUAUAUCCUAUAAAAGAUGAUCAGCUUCAGCCUUUUUUGGUCAAGUUUGAUGAAAUAUUCUCCAAGUGCCAUGGACUACAGGGUGUUUGCUUUUUGCAUGGAAUCUCAGUUCAAAAUGGAAGGGUCUGCAUUGCAAUGAAGUUUUAUGAGGGAUCAAUUGGUGACAAGAUGGCUUGUCUCAAAGGUGGAAGGCUUGCACUGUCUGAUGUUUUAAGGUAUGGUGUUGAUUUGGCUCAGGGAAUAUUGGAACUCCACUCAAGAAGAAUUCUAAUCCUCAACAUUAAGCCCUGUAAUUUGCUUCUCGAUGAACAUGACCAUGCAGUUCUAGGAGACUUUGGUAUCCCAUCAUUAUUGCUUGGACUUCCAUUGCCAAAUUCAGAUUUGGUUCAGAGGCUUGGGACACCAAACUACAUGGCUCCUGAACAAUGGCAACCAAAAGUUAGGGGCCCACUUUCUUUUGAAACUGAUUCAUGGGGGUUUGGAUGCAGUAUAUUGGAAAUGUUGAGUGGUAUCCAGCCUUGGCAUGGGAAGUCACCUGAUGAAAUCUAUCACUUGGUUGUGAUAAAGAAAGAAAAACCAGACAUUCCAAGUGGCUUACCGCCUCAAGUUGAAAAUGUCCUUUAUGGAUGCUUUGAGUAUGACCUCCGAAAUCGCCCUCUAAUAUCAGACAUUUUACAUGCAUUUCAAAGCUGCAAGGAUGCAGUUUCCAGUGAUAGCAGCUGGGGUGAUUCCGAGAAGCAUGUGGCAGACAGAUCAAGCCAUAUCGGUUACACUGAUUGGUCCCUUCUAAAGGACCACCUUCAAGUAGGUGAUGCUGUGUGCUCUAGAAAGACUAGAAACUCCUUCAGCUCAGAAAGCAUGGAGAUCCUAGAGGGAACCGUGGUUGGCUUGGAAAACAGUGUGGAUCAUGAUGGUUUUGUGCUUGUGAGAAUCCACGGAUUUCGUGAUCCUUUCAGGGUGCACUCUUCUACAGUGAAGAGGGUGACCCAUGGUUUUGCUGCUGGUGACUGGGUACGGUUGAAGGAGGAAACCAAGAAGCAGUCUCCAGUUGGCAUCCUCCACAGCGACGAGCGAGAUGGAACAGUAACUGUUGGUUUUGUUGGGAUGGAAACUCUCUGGAACGGGAAAUAUUCAGAGAUUCAGAUGGCAGAGACCUACUGCGUCGGUCAGUUCUUAAGGCCGAAAGAUACUGUAUCUAGUCCCAGGUUUGAGUGGCCACGCAAGAGAGGUGGGGAAUGGGCCACAGGCAGAAUCUCACAGGUUUUUCCAAAUGGGUGCCUUGUCGUCAAAUUUCCUGGCAGACUUCGCUUUGGAGAAGUCUGCAGCUUUCUCGCAGAUCCUUCCGAGGUGGAAGUGGUGAGCUUCAGUACAUGCCAAGGAAUGAUCAGUAAGUACCAACACCUUGAGGAUUUCCAUUGGGCUGUGAGGCCAUUGGUUAUUGCUUUGGGUUUGUUUACAGCACUGAAACUGGGAUUCUUUGUGGGCAAGAGUAUGGGGAGAUCAAGGAGGAAGAAAGGUUUUGGCAUCUCAGGGCAGGGAGAAGGGCUGCAGCAGGGUGGACUGAAUGGUAGUGAUGCAGCAUGGCUACCACCAGCCGUGGCAAACAUCCUCUUCAAAGAAAGUGUUGCUCCUGCUCGAUAAUUAUCCAGGUUCAACUGACUUGAAACUGUGGAUAUGCUGGUUUUAGUUUCUAAAACAAACUCAUGGAUGUACAGACGAACUUUUCUUGAUUGCUAUAUAUAUAU